AUGGUCGUCAUCUGGAAUCGGGGCGUUUGCGGAGUUGUUGGGUGGUGUGUCCGAGCUCUGGGGCUGGCGCGGGCUUGGACGGUGGCUGAGUGUGGUCUGUGGAUUUGGACUGGGGGGAGCUCUGUGGAGAGCGUGUUGGAGAAGAUGGAUUCAUGGUGUAUGAUGUAUAAAGGAAAAGAAGAUGGGAGUGGAAAGGUGUAA